AUGUCUUUGUUAGAACAUUUGGACCGUCUUUACAACUAUGACAAUACUCAAGAAGUAACAGUACGACAAGAGCCAAAUCGGCUUGCAUUUAAACCAGGGACCCCUCUCAUCUCGCUGGACCACUACCUUAUUGAAGCCACUGAUGACUCCACUGAUAACCUGAGGCCUGCCUACAACGUCAAGACUGGGGAAGCUCUGAGUGCUAAACUGUACGAACAUACAACGUUCCAUGUCAAGUCCCAUUUGCUGUUAGCCAAUGUACAAGGUGUAUGCAAUGUACUAGAUGUCAAGAAAUCUAAUGAAGGCGUGUUGGUGUUCACACAGCAAACCCACGGCGAUCUUCAUGGUUACCUACGAGAGAAGAAGCGACUCAGUGAAUCUCAAGCCGCCCCUCUCUUCCGACAGAUAACCGAGAUGAUUGCCCACGCCCACUACCAGAGGAUUGCUCUGAGGGACAUCAAGCUCAAGAAAUUUGUGUUUACAGAUGAGAGCCGCACUAGUCUGGCUCUGGCCCACCUCGAUGAUGCACAGCUUAUGGACAAGACUGGCCUUCUUACUGACAAGCGUGGCUGCCCUGCCUACAUUUGCCCUGAGAAGUUAGAGAGUGACAGUUAUUCUGGCAAGGCUGCUGAUCUGUGGAGUCUGGGCGUUAUCCUCUACACUCUAUUGGUUGGAAACUACCCAUUCUUUGACAGUACCCCUCAGGAGUUGUUCUCAAAGGUCCGCACGGGCUAUUACCAAGUACCUGAACAUGUGUCCUAUCUGGCAAGGUCCCUCAUAAGCUCUCUGUUGACCUAUGACCCCACGCAACGUGUUCCUGCCCUCGCAAUAUUGGAGCACCCUUGGUUCAAACACACGGCUUCUGAGACAACCAUAACAACAGACCAAACCGUCCCUAAAUGACUGUACUAAGACUUUUAUUAUUAGUGGCAGUUUUCCCUGCCUUUAUAUUAUCGCUCUGUUCCAUGCUUACUGUAUGUACACGUACCUCUACCUCUUGUUUGGCACUUAGCGUGUAGCUAGCUAAAUUAUUUUCCUUUUUUUUUAUGCUUUAUUUGUGUCCCACCAUCAUGCAACAUUUGUCUGUACGUCUGUCUGUUUGUCUGUGCUCUAUUGCAACUUCACAUCUGAAAUAUAUUGCACCAUUGCUAUUUGAACUUGAA